AUGGAUUUCAUUCUCUCGUUGACGCACUUUUGCGAGGUACAUGGCCCGACCUCGAUCAUCUGUUCGCAAGUCCUGCCGUUUUCAUGUUCGCAAUGCUAUCCCGAUCAAUCCGAUAUCUCUCCCUAUGACACCCCGGCAACUUCGCACGAUACGGUCUCCUCUCAUGGCCUUCGCAAGGAUUUCAGUCCCGCAAAACCAUCAGAGAUACCAUCAGUUGGGACGACUAGGUCCCCGAAGAUCGAAGAUCACCCCUACUUUCUCAAAUCACAACCGAGCGCUACCGAAGCUCCACAGAAACUGAAUCGUAUAGGAGGCGCAGAGGGCGAUACCUGCGCCAGCUGUAGUCUGACCUUGCCGGAGAAUGUUAGCAGAAAGCUUCCUGCACCCCCCGGGGCCGUCAAGAGUGACGGGAAGGGCACAAAUAGCACUCCAGUUUUGCGGUCGAGAGAAGUGGUUUACUCGUGCGGUAAUAGUCAUGCGGAUUUGAGUGACAGUACACACGAACUACACACACAUGCCUCCCUUCCAGACUCCCUUCACUCAUCUUCAGUUGCGUCAGAUGCCUCAUGUCACACUCACAUUCUCACCUAUCUCUCCCUGCGGGGUCCUCCUAACCCCGCUGAUUACGCUCUCCUUCGACGGUCUUCCAUUCGGACCCUGAGCUGUGAGCUACUUCCUCGUGGUCUCUCAUCUGGGCCCUUAUGCUUCGGUGACUCGAACACGGGAUACACAGUCGCCUACAUAUUUCGCCUUCCUGAUCCCAUGGCUCGCGGGAAACGGCGUAGCUAUGCGCUGGUUGCAUUGGCUGGGAAGGAUGGGAGAAAGGCUUUCCGUGCUAGCCCAGUAAUAUGGAGGGCGUUCGGUUCCAUCGCAACUGGAAUCGUUAACUCAGCGGAAAGUUUCCAAGAGGAAGAAAAGCGUCGAGAGGAGCAAAAUAGUGGUCCCAAUAGAGGCCCAUAUACUCCUGUUUCCUCUUUUCUUACAGGACGUACCGCUGACCCCGAUGGUCUUCGGCGACCUGGCCCAGUCCGUGCACGAAACCUUGCGGAAAUCGUAGGCAACCAGUACGUCUUUGCAGAGAUACAUGCGCACUUUGUGGCUCUUUUGCAACAAUUGGGCUCCAUGUUCGGAGCCGCUCCCAUAUCCGAGGAACAAUUCGUUUGCAGUACAGUACGCGACGACGGAGAUACGAGCCCCCCUCUUUUACCAGGCAGCGAAAAGGACGAACAGUGUGACCCGAAGGUACAGAAAUAUGUCAAAAAUGAUAUUGGUUUGUCCAGGCUUGACUUGUCAUCGUCGGGUCCCAAGCCUAUUCCCAUCGCUCCACGUCGACCGAUCAUCGCAUAG